AUGGUGCGCAGGUUCCUGGUGACUGUCCGGAUCCGCCAAGCGUGUGGAGGAGGCAGCCGCUGCAUCCUAGAAGACCAGGUCAUGAUGUUUGGCAACACCCAGGUGGCCGAGCUCCUCCUGAGCUAUGGCGCAGAGCCCAACCUCGCAGACCCUGUCACGCUAACCCGGCCGGUGCACGACGCGGCCAGGGAGGGAUUCCUGGACACGUUAAUGGUGCUGCAUCGCAACGGGGCACGGCUGGACGUUCGCGAUAUGUGGGGUCGCCUCCCCGUGGACCUGGCUGAGCAACAGGGCCACAGAGACAUCGUCCACUACCUGCGUGUGGCCUUGGACGCUGAUGGAGGUGUUCGUGGGCGCAGACGGUGA